AACGAGGUCAUGGCUUUCCUAGGCAAAGGCAAAAUGGCGCAAGCCAUGAGGUUGUCGUUGUGUUGUAAGAUGAUCAAUUUUCAGUUACAGCGUUUGUUUAUUUGGAGAUCUGAAGUUAAGGUCUUAAUUGUCUGGCUGACAUUUCUUAUUGGAUCAUUCAUUCAUGAUUUUUCCCCGUUGCCUCGGAGCUACUUAUCCUACAAGAGAAACGUCUUCAACGUAUACUUUGCCAAGAAAGGAUGGGGCUGGACCUUGAUGCUAGUUCUUGGAUUCAAUAUCCUGAUUCUCAUUCGUCAUGGAAAAUAUGAUCCAAGACUCACCUUUAGAACUCUGUCUAGAGGAUUCUAUGCAACUUUGGCCUGGUUUUGCCUAACAUCAACAUUUGUCUUUUUUGAGGAGAUGACAGGAAUUUGUGAAGGAAACUCAACCAAGAAAACCAAGCAAUCUUGUAUUUACGGAGGAUUAAACUGGAAUGGAUUUGACAUCUCAGGGCAUUGUUUCCUUCUCAGCUUUUGCAUUCUGAUAAUAAAUGAAGAAUUGUUUCCCUUUGUGCAAAAGGCAGAACUGCAAAACCAAGCUAGCAAUGUGGCAGAUGGUCCUACAGAUAGCAUUAAAAGCACCUUACUUGAUAUUGUUUCUUUGUCUUUAACAAUGCUUAUGAUUUUAUGGGAGUUCUUAAUGUUUUUCACAUGCAUUUACUAUCAUACUUUAUUUCAAAAGUUUUUAGGUAUUGCUUUUGGCAUAUCUGCCUGGUAUGCAAUAUAUUUUCUUCUUCCAAAAACCAAGUAUCAUCUUGCACCACUUAAACCACUCUACUUGGACAGAUUAUCUUAAUGUUGUAAUAUUUUGCUUGUAUAAUCUACGACAUUAAAUUGUACUGUUUUUGACUAGUGUGCAGAGAAUGGAAAUUCUUGAUAAAACUCAUAUGUGCAUGGUAAAUUCAUGGAAGUGCGCAACAUCUCAGGGCUUUCAAUGGGGGGCGCGCAAUAGCGCACGAGCGUGCAGGCAAGCGCCCAAUGUUACCUUUGAGAGUGAUUAGUCGCGCGCCCAGUGAUAAAUAUUUCCCGUGAAGAGCGCGAUUGCCGGAUGCUGAUAGGUCAAACCUCUUGAGAAACUCUUUUUAAAAACGUAAGUUUAUUAUCAAAUCUUUGUUUCCACUGCUCUGUUUUUGUAUGUCUUCAGAUCAUUCAGUUUCCGUUAUUCUUGAGCCGUUCUCAUUGCUCCGGCCCACACCGUUUUGGCCAAAACGAAAACAAAGGUUUUCCCAUUACUCUAUUUUGUCCGUUUUCGUAUCCUUUGUUUAAGCUCAUUUUGAUUUUCUCAUUAAAACAAUUCGUUUCUAAAUGACUCUGCUCUCCAAUGACUUCUUUUUCGCUGUGUCCAUUAAAAUGAUUCAUUUUCAAACGUUUUUGGUUGAUAACUUGGAACAUCAUUAUAAAUGUCUUUUUGAGCAUAUUAAUGGGAACCAAAACAAACAAUGAUUCAUUCAGCUCUGUAUUCCUAUAAAAGCGGAGUAAUAGGAACAUGGCCUGAUUUCCAACGGACAUUGGCUAAACAUGGCCUUCUUUUUGUUUUAUUUGCUAAAGCUAUUUUUGUCUGUUUUUUCAUUAACUUUGCUGAACAUAAUUGAAACUUUGUCACCUUUCUUAAGUCACUGAAACCUCUCUAUAUCGCAGAGUACCGUUCACGAUAACUCGUGAGGGAAACACAAACAUAACUAUACAACGUGUAGCAUUCAGUUCAUUUCAAAAGUUUUGUCACGUUUAAUGUUUCAAUAGAAAAUCUUUAUUGUUCUGUGUUAACAAAUAAAUUUGAUUCACGCACCCCACUCUUAUCAGGCGAGUUUUUUACCGUGUGCGUUGAUUUUUGAACGUGAAAGCCCUGCAUCUAAUUUUUUACAACUUGCAAAUAGAAGUUGUUUCUUUAGUACUGCAGUUGGUAACUUGACAUGCAAUUUUAAAUUUUGACUAGCAGCUCAAGACAGAUAUUAGGCAUCUGUCUGACCUACUCUACACGCUGGUUUUAACAGUCAUUUUUGGCAUUCACUUUUCAAGUUUCUUAAAAUUUAAAAACUAAAUGGAACAGAUCUUGAGUAAAACUUCUUCAGUGGCAUCUUUAAUGCUUAGAUGACUUUUUGUGAGUAAUAUUGGCCAAAUUAUUAAAUCUUUUUAUACCAAUAAAACACUGCAUUGAUAGGACUCGUUCUGCCAUGUGGUUGUCAAUUAGAAUUACAGUCAAAAACAGUUAUUCAUAAUCUACUCAAGUCAAUCUACAAGGAACUGGUAGAUCCUGGAGGUGGGUGGGAGUAAUAUGAAGGGGAUUUUUCCCAGAGUGUAAGUUGAGGAAUAAGCUUUUAUAAAAAAGCUGUAGCAUUGAAUAUUAUGGUAUGGUGCUUUGAAUAUAUAAAUUACCAAUUGUUGGUAUAUCAUGGAAAGAUUGUAUUUUUAUUCAUUUUUGGUGCUACAGGACACUAUAUAAGUAAUAAAAAUUAUUCUUCCAAUCACAUUUUAUAAUUUUUAAAAGAUUGAUUUCACUUUCUGAUUACUAGAAAAUUUAAAAAUAAGCUCCAAUGUUUGUAUACAAGCAAAUACUUAAUAUCUGUGAUGAUGAUCUGAGUGGAAAAACAAAAGAGUCAUUCUUUUCGAUUUGUCUUGCUAUAAAAAUAGUCUCUUCAAUGCUACAGAAAAGGUUGUAGAGAAAAAAAGGGAAAUCAUAAAUGUUCUUUCGAUACUAAUCUCUGAAGCUCUGAUCUAGCCAAUCAUAACCCUUUUUCUACCUCUCAUUCUAACCUCAUCUAGUUUGGCUAUAACUGCCUGUGAUGACUUUUUGGUUGAGCUGGUCACAUAGCUCUUUAAAAAAAUUCUGAAAAUGUCUUCUGUGUUUGGAUGUGUACUAAGGAACGCUCUUUCAAGAACAUAAAGGUCAACUCCUUUGUCCUCUGCCAAAGUCGAUAUAAAGCUGAGUCCGAAGUCAAUUAUGAUUAGUGAUUCAGUUGUUCCGUUUGUUUGGAUUAGCAUAUUUGAAGUAGUAAGAUCUCCGUGAACUACAUCAGCUUCGUGCAUUCUUGCAAUGGUUUCACCCAUUUUUCUCGCCAGAUCUUCCAAUGCCACAUGCAAUGAAGUCUUUGAAUUUUCACUCAAUAAACUGUUUAUAAAAUCACGAGCAGUCACUGCUCCGGUAAUCUCUUCCAUAUAAAUUGAAUGUGUUUCGUUGUCGAGAUGAUAGACAACUGGCGUUCUAAUACCAGAUUUCCUGCAUCGCAACAUUGACCUAACUUCUUGCAGUGUUCGACGAUGUGUCAACUUUUCAUCAAGCGACGGGUGUCUGUAUGUCUUGCGAAAUCGCUGUUUAACUAUUGCUUGUUUUCCCAGGUACUCAACUUUGAAAACCUUGGCUUCAGCGCCUUGUUUUAUCAGUUCCAUUUUAUACAAUUCCUAACCGAAUAUUUCGAACUACAAAAUGUUCAGACGGAAUAAUGGUUUUGCCUCGUUUUAAGUUUAGAAACCACGCAUGCCCAAUAACUUCAACUUGAGCGAGAAAUCCUUCUUGAGGUGGAAAAUUGGCAAACUGUGGGUAUUUGUUGUUAGAUUCAAAAAUGGCACCGUCUCCUACACUGCUUGCAAGAGUUAUAAACUAUGUAAAACCAGCAUUACCCUUGAUGAAGCCAUACACAGAGCUCUAUAUUGCAUUUGGAAUAACUGGCUAUGUGAUCUGGAAAAUUCCAGUAACUGAGGAAAUGAAAAAGAAUUCUAAAUUCCUUCACCCUGAUCACUAGAAGUCAAAGUUUGGAAUAAUGGAGUGAUGAGCAGUCAAUAGCAAACAUCCUGACAACCCUUAAUGUUAUUAUAACUUUGUUCAAAUUGUGAUAAAUGCUUGUUUAUGUGUUUCUGGUGCAUUAAAAUACUAUUUUA